CUAUAUAAACUAUUUUUUUUUUUUUUUUACAUUUUUACUUUCUUUUCAUUAUUUGAUCAAAUAAUUAUAAAAUCUUUAAGAAAUUCUAUCCAAACUGGAGAGAGAACAGCAAACACUGCUUGAGGCUAAAGAGGAGGCCAAUUUUGCCAUUGUUCACCUCUGAUUUGGCAGUCACCAGACAAUUAUAUUCGGGGUGGGUUAAAUAAAGACAUGAUUUCAUUUGAUUUAGAAUGCUUGAGUAAAAUAAAAGAUAUUGUGUUGCACUAUAAAUGAAACCAUUGUGAUUGUAUCAUUCUAACACUUACUUACAUGGCUGAAAGUGUCAUUUAGUUUUGCUAGUUCAAAUGGUCAAAAACUGCUUAGUCAUAAACUUUACCCUUGGCUGUAUAUUUUAAUUAAAAUGGUUUCUAUCUUUGUGUUGUCCUUAUUGCCCUUUGUUUCAGAAUAACAAUAUGACCUGGACAUUUUCCUUCAAAAGCACAGCUUUUACACUGAAUCCUGCUGCCGCUUUGACAAAUACCACCCUUUUAUGAGAUAGAUAGAUAUUAUAAGCAUUUGUAUUAAAAUAUUUGUAUUUGAUAAAAUAAUUACUAGAUUUGAUGCUGAAUGAGCGCGAUGAUGUACAGGCCGCUCUCGAGCGCAUUCACACUUCUUCCGCCUGGUGGUGCUGAGGUGCAAACGGCAGCGCGUGAGCGGGAGUCCAUCCUCCGGUUGAACUUUUUCCUCCACAUUCGGUAAUCUGACACCGACACUAACCCCAAAAAGCAGAGGAUGGAUUCCCAACUUCAUUCGCAAAAAUAGCUCAACAAGAGCAGACGACAAAACACGACCGAGCAGAGGACGAACAUCUGAACGCCUCCGUUCGCGCGCAUCGACCUGUGAAGUGUUUAAAUGUUGACUAAAAAGUUUUUAUCUAAAGAGGCGGAUGGGUGACGACCAUUCUCGGCGCUUCCAUGUGAGGAGACGAUGAAGAAUUACAGCAGCAGUCCCCGUCUAAAAAAUCACAGCACAGAUCGGAACAGCAGAAAGGGAUUCUGGUUAUCGGCUCUCGGGCUUCGCUUCUCCUUGCGAGAUUAUGCUUUCUGCAUGGCCACACUGCUGCUCUUCUGUCUCGGCUCACUGUUUUACCAGCUGAACGGAGGACCCCCUAAAGUUCUGCUGGAGAUCAGGCAGUAUCUCGGCAAGAAUGGGAAAGAGCGCAGGUCAGUAUAUGUGGCAAUAGCGACGCACACUUCCCAUAAGACAAGGCCAAGGCCAGAGCAGGUGAGCAGAGGAGAAUCCACUUUUGUUGACGACCACGGGCCUCCUACACCAAGGGAGCUGCCAUUCCCAAGUCAGGUGAUCUACAACAGGGUUGGCAAGUGUGGAAGUCGGACAGUUGUCCUGCUGCUGAGGAUUUUGGCAGAAAAGCACCAGUUUAACCUGGUGUCCUCUGACAUCCAUAACAAAACCAGACUCACAAAGCAUGAGCAGGUCAGUGGAUGGGUGGAUUUGAUGAGAAACAUUAGCACUAUUCCGCAGCCUUUUCUGUACACCAGACAUGUUCACUAUCUCAAUUUCACAAGGUUUAGGAUAGAACAGCCUGUCUACAUAAACAUCAUCAGGGAUCCCAUUAACCGUUUCCUCUCCAAUUACUUUUUUCGUCGCUUUGGGGACUGGAGAGGAGAGCAGAAUCACUUGAUCCGCACACCCCAGAUGAAAGACGACGAGAGAUAUUUGGACAUUAACGUUUGCAUCAUGGAGAACUACCCAGAGUGCUCCAACCCACGCCUCUUCUACAUUGUUCCAUACUUUUGUGGACAACACCCUCAGUGCAGAGAGCCUGGAGUUUGGGCUUUGGAGAGGGCCAAACAAAACGUUAUAGAGAACUUCCUGCUUGUGGGGAUUCUGGAAGAGCUGGAGGAUGUAUUGCUCCUGCUGGAGAGACUCCUACCUCACUACUUUAGUGAUGUCCUAACCAUCUACAAGAGUCCUGCAUUCUGGAAGAUGGGGAACCUUACAGGCACAGUGAAGAAACACAUGCCGACUAUAGAGGCCCUGCAGGUGCUUUACCAAAGGAUGAAGUACGAGUACGACUUUUACAACUUCAUUCGUGACCAGUUCCAUCUUACCAAGAAGAAAAUUGGCCUCAAGUCUGCCUCCCAGAACUUAGCUCAUGAACCUGACUUCCUCCGUGAGCUUGCCCUUAGGACCCAUGAGCCUUUGGAAGAGGAGGAGGAAGAGGAAGAAGAGGAGGACAUGGGACAAGAGGAUGCAAACAUCUGGAUGGUUCAGCCCUGAGUAAUAACCAUGGAGGUGUAGGCAUGGCAGAUAUCUCAUAAGCUUGAUGUCUAUGUCCAAUCAGGAGGUAGUCAACAUUCCCAGGUGAAAAUUGGGUGUGUAAUAGUGAUCCCCGUGUUUUUAACGGGACGGCCCUUCAAGACACUCUCAAGAGGAGCAAAAAAAGGGUCUGAGUAGUUAUUUAAAGAACUAACAAUUAUGACAAAAUGAUUUUGUUCAUGUUUAUGAAAUUGAGCUGUUGGUUGUGGUCAUUUCCUGGUGAGAUGAUACGCAAUUGGAAUUACGGGGAUGUUGCUGGAUUGUCAAAAUGGAGGGAAGAACUAAUUGUGGUAUAGCAAAAUGAGAUGCUGUGGAAGUCUGAUUUUUACUUUUGUUCACUUGGAACCUGGGUGAACUCUGACUCAACCCACACUUUCACACGCAAACACAUUCAGAAUAUGCAAUGGAGGCAAGUGAAGAUCUCAACAAAGUGCCAAACCUUCAAAGUGAAAAGGAUUACUGCAAGAUAUAGUUGUAAUCACAAAAAACAACUCAAAACACCAAUCAGAUCUGAUCAUCUCAUCACUCACUUCCUCCUCUGGUUUUAGAAACCUGCUGCAACUCUGUGCCAGAACUUCAGUGCUAGUCUUUUUGAAAGGUUGUUAUUAUAUUGUACAUGCAAGGGGUUGUACAAUGAAUCAAACACUUUUGAAUGUCUGCAAGAUGUCAAAUGCAGCACACUGUUUAUCUAAAAUGUUUAAUGUGGAUGUUAAACAUUUUAUUCACCUUGACAGUGUGUCAUCUGUUGUGUUCAGUAUUUGCAUAAAAUCAGGCUCCUAAGUUUCAUUUGGUACAUGGUGCUGGUACAAGCAGCUAUACAAUUUUGUCACAGUCUGUAUUGCUCAGCAGUGUAUACUGUAAAGCUACUGGGAUAUCAAACAAUACCCAGCUAGUUAUAUCUAAACAAUGUUCAGACAGCACAUAGGAAAACAAGUUUAUAUAUAUAUAUAAUAUAUAUAUAUAUAUAUAUAUAUAAUAUGAAUGUGAAAAUUUGUGGGAAUAUGAGUUUGUAAAUUGUGUUUUAAACCCAUAUACAUUUCUAGAUCAUAAACAUGCUGCUUUGCAGAUCAACACCUAUUCCUGUAGUGUGUUCUAAUUAAAGAAUGGUCCACUUAUUUUCAUUACAGGUCAGCCUCUUGGAGCAUUUCUCUGGUAAAGUGAAAUGAUUAAUACAUGAAUAAAUAGAUGCUAUAGCUACAAGCUCUCACAGAAUUUAACAUUUUCCUCUUAAACUUUUCAGUUAAGUAUAUACUUGUGUAUGUACUUGUUUUGUGUUCAAUGUGGAUUUUUAUAUUGUUUAAUUUAUUGUACAGUAUUUUGAUUAUUGCAUUCCAUGUACGAAUCUCAGGAAAAAACAGAGCAGAUAUAUUUUUGUUUUUUGACAUCUUAACAGCUGGCAAAUAUUAAAGCAUCUGAUACCUAAAGGUUACUUAAGGACAGCAGUGGCUAUUGUUUUGAAUACCAAAAUGGAAUGAAAAUGGCUAACAUUGCAAAUUAACUGCACCUUUACUGGGAAAGCUCUCAAAAUAAAAGCAUUUUAACAGCA